CUCCCGUGAUCAAAGCGGUCGGAUAUAGGCCCCAUGUUCAUGAUAUGAUAUAGAAGGAGUUCAAGUAGGCCCUCAAUAUGGGUACGCCAGCAAAUGAUUGCAAUGAAAACAACUAUGACUUUGACCAAGGUAUGACGGAGAGUUCUCUAUCGACGGAAUUGGGAAAGGAUACGGAGGAAAAGAAGCCGCAAAAGGACACACUUUUGUUUUGUGAUAUUGUUUGUAUUGUGAGCUUGAUCUCCGUAAGCUUUUUAUUCUCUUGUGGUUAUUCGCUGCUGGCGCCGUUUUUCCCGAAAGAGGCUACUAAGAAAGGAGUCAGUUUAACAAUGAUUGGAGCCAUCUUUGCUUCUUUCGAGUUUGCCAAUACGCUUUUUUCGCCCGUAGUCGGAGCACUUAUGAGUAAAGUAACGCCGAAAUAUCUGUACCUGGCCGGAUGCAUCUUUGGUGCCGUAACUACUACAUUAUAUGGCUUGCUUGACAUGGCCCAGGACACGAGGACCUUCACAACUUUAUGCUUCAUUCUGAGGAUCGCCGACGCGCUCGCUGCUGCCACUUGUUCUUGCACCGGUAUGACAAUACUGACGUCACUUUACCCGUCAAGAAUGUCUACAUUAAUUGGGUUGUCAGAGUCAUCACUCGGGAUAGGUUUUAUGGUCGGACCCGCUUUAGGGGGUGCUUUAUACCAGGCUGGUGGUUUCAUGGUCCCCUUUUUCGUGGUAGGGGUGUGUAUUUUAAUUAGUGCUUUUCCUCCCAUGUGUUUGAUUCCGAAACAAUUAAAACCUGCAGAUCAAGUACUGGAAAAGUCGCCGUCGAUAUGGCGCUUACUGACGAGGCCAGCCAUUCUUAUGUCCUGCCUGUCUUUGGCGUUGGCGUCGCUUACCUUAAACUUUCAGAAUCCUGUCCUGGGGAAGCACCUCGAACAGUUCCACCUCGGCACGGCGCUUCAGGGUCUCGUCUUCAUCAUUGCCCCUAGUUCUUUCACAAUAGCUGCACCGCUCAUUGGAAUUGUUAUAGAUAAGUGGAAAUGCGGGAGGACCUGUACUGUGGUCGGAACCUUUGUUAUAUCGGCGUUGUAUCUUAUACUGGGCCCCUGUCCCAUAUUCCACAUGCAACCAGAGUUAUGGAUGUCGGCAGUGCCUCUUCUUACCAUGGGGUUGGCGUUCGCCUCUACCAUUAUUCCUGGUUUCACACUGAUACUGGAGGAUGCAAUAAAAGUAGGUUUCCCCGACUCAAUGGGAACGAAGGGUGUAGUCUCUGGAAUAGUUUUGUUUUCAUUCAACUUUGGCGCAUUUGUUGGGCCGAUGAGUGCAGGAAAUCUGGUUGAUGCUGUGGGGUACGCCUGGGCAUGUUCCGUCGUCUCCCUGGUAGCAUUUGUAGUGGCGAUUACUAUUAGCAUAACGUAUGCCGUUUUGCAUUAUCAACAACGCUCCCUUUCGGAGACGGAAACACCUUUUCUCGGGGACGACAAGAAUGACAAACUGAAUGAAUCGAGUCACAUAUUGAUGAGAAAGAUCCCAACGUAUUCAUCGCAUUCUAGUGAUAAGCCGUUAUCAUCGCCUUCUAGUGAUUAGCCGUCAUCAUCGCCAUCUAGUCAUUAGCCGUCAAUAUUGCAGUUCUGCAAUGCGUGAUGCACAAAAUAGACAGGAACCUUUGCCAUGGACAAGAUUACACAGGCACGUCUCUACCCUUGAGAAUCAAUUCCCUAGAUUGCCAAGAAUCGGACCUUUAAACUUGCUUAUGUAAUUAAGGGUGACUUUGAUCUCCUGCUCUCCUAAGUCAGAUGGACAGCUAAACAAACCUAAAAUCCCGGAGAGUUAUACCAGGUUCUGGCCUUCCCUAAAAUGGAUGUUCCUUUUCGCUACCUUGUGCGCCUUCUCCCCAAUGAUGUGCCAUUGCUCUGAUCUGCAGGGUGUGUCAGGUUUUACAUGGUGCCGCAUGUCUCAUCUGAAUGUGCCCUCACCUUCAUAGCGCAGUAUCAGUGUUGCUAUUACAGAGUGUACCAAGUCUUUUUUGGAUGUGCCAUGCCUCUUCACUAGGCGUACUCAGUCUGGUUUGGAUGUGUCCUCUCCCAACGUUGUGCACCUUGUUACUACAGGGUGGACGGCCAUGUCUCUACCCUUUGGAAAAUGUAUAUCAUUUUUACAUGGUAAAUCCACAAUUCACCAUGAUGGUGAUCUGUCAGCACUUCACCAUGAUGAAUUUGGACGGUGAAAUAUUCAUCAUGGUGAGCAUGUUAAAAUAUGCAUUCACCAUGGUGAGCAUGGUAAACUCCGAUUUCAUCACGGUGAAUCCCUGAUCAUUUUCGUAAGGGUCGUCUUCUCUCCAAGGUAUACAAUUAUUUCUUCCGGGUCUACCUGCUGGUCCAGGGUAACAGGAUAUUAAAUGCAAGGCAAGUAGAGAUACCAAGCGUAUACCGUGA